GCACAAGAUCCCGAAAGCAUUUGCUGUUUCUUCUCCUGUUUCUCUGUUUAUCUCGCAGGCGAUAAGUGAGCGAAGAAGAAGAACUUGCUGUUUGAUCGCUGACGAUGUCGAGAAAGUUGAAGAUCGAUGCCAUCGAGUUCCUUAGAGGCCGUGUCUACCUUGGUGUGUACGACUAUACCCCAGAGGACACCGAGAAGAUUGUCUACUUCACAGUAGAGCAGUCGUUGCCGUACAAUGCCUUCCAUUUGGAUUUUGGUCCCAUUCACAUUGGUUACUUGUACAGAUUUGCAGUUGUGUUGCACAACAUCUUGAACGAGGAGGACAACCAAGGCAAGGCUAUCGUGUUCUAUUCGUCUAAGGACAGCAGGGCAAGAACCAAUGCUGCGUGUCUUCUAGCGUCGUAUAUGAUUUUGGUUCAGUCUUGGUCUCCACAUCAAGUGCUCCAGCCUCUAUGUCAAGUUGACCCGCCGUUUAUGGGUUUCAGAGAUGCCGGCUAUUCGCAUGCCGACUUUGAAAUCACCAUUCAGGAUAUUGUUUAUGGGUUGUGGAGAGCACGAGAAAGAAAGAUGAUAGAUUUGACCGACUUCAACUUGGAAGAAUAUGAAAGGUACGAAAGAGUCGACCAGGGUGAUUUCAACGUCAUAUCAAAGGACUUCAUUGCCUUUGCAUCUCCUCAGCAGCCAAAGAGUGGCUCCAUCAGCACCCCUUUUAGAAAUGUCUUGGAGUACUUCCAAAAAAAUGAUGUUCAAAUGGUUGUUCGUCUGAACUCGCACCUCUACAACAAGAAUGAAUUUGAGAAAAGAGGCAUUCAACAUUUAGACAUGAUCUUUGAUGAUGGAACUUGUCCAACAAUGGACAUCGUUAGAGAUUUCAUAGGUGUUUCAGAAGGUGUUAUCAAAAACGGUGGUAAGAUUGCAGUUCACUGUAAAGCCGGUUUGGGCCGUACUGGUUGCCUAAUCGGUGCUCAUUUGAUCUAUACCCAUGGGUUUACUGCGAACGAGUGUAUCGCAUAUAUGAGAAUGAUUAGACCAGGUAUGGUUGUUGGUCCCCAACAGCACUGGCUCUACUUGCACCAGAAUCAGUUUAGAGAAUGGAAAUAUACCAUGGUGUUGGACAACAUUCCAUCGGAAAGAUUAAACGGUUUCUCCAGCUUGGUGAGUUACGAGGACUUUAAAAAGAGAAGAUCAGUGGAAAAGAAAACCAUGGACUCACCAGCGACACCGGUUAGAAGGAAAAUCAGCAUUGGAACAAGCAAUCUACACAAGAGCGUACACAAGGCUGUCCCGAUAAAAUCACCUGGUCAGCCUAGAAAAUCACCAGAGACUAUUCACAUCAACAAUAACUCUGACUUAGAUGAUGAUGACGACGACGACAAUACCUCUUUCCAUUCAACAAAGGAAAACAUUCCAGAUCAUGAGUUUACAGACAAGCCGAAAGUCUCAUAUACAAAGACUGUCACAACGACAAAGACCACCACGAUUUCCUCACCACCGGGCACAAAGGACCUUGCGAUCGGCAGUACACUUCCAAAGACGAGAAGAGUGGCCAGUGGCUCUCGUGUGAGAUCCAGGUUGUCCAGUGCCAACGGCAACGGUGUGAUUGGUAACGCUGGUAUCAGAAAGACCUCCAAUACCGUAAGACCAGGAAACUCCUACUUGAAGUGAUUUGGCUCUACUCUGUUUUACCAUAACAUUUAUUCUGAUCUGAUUAAUACCAGGAAGUUAGAAAACAUUG